AGGGUUGAAUAGCAUUCAGUUAAUUAUUCAUCGAGUCACUUAUGGGGCUAUGAAUUACUUUAAUGCCUCACAAAUUUUAUGACACUCACUCAGCAGUUCUGUACGCCAGCAAGGACAGGUCGUUGUUCAACACUUAAACCAAAGUGGAAGGUCUUGUCGUUGCAAAACAAUUUGCAUUCGCUGUUUUCCGCUGCUUAAUUCGCAACCAGGAAGACAUUCGGAACUUGCCCAGCACGGUCUCCACAAGGUCGAAACAUAUUCCACAUCAGUCAUGGCAUACCAGUUCUACAUAUCGAAGUUCUUUCGGCGAGUGAUCAGCAAAAGCAGCCUCCAUGGAGGAUUUCAUAUGACAGGACCAUUACACACCAUAUUUGAAAAAUACAUGUGGGGUGUUAUAAUCAUCUCAUCUAUUCUGUGCUCCCUAUAUCUGAUAACUCUGUUUUGGCUUCGUUAUCUCACGAACCCAACGGUGAUAUCACUGGAUCGCAAUUACCAUGAAUGGAAUACAACAUUCCCCAGUCUGACAGUUUGUUUCCACGAUCGUUUAAAUAGCACGGCGCGGGAUAACGUUAUCAAGAGAGUAAAACCAGCGAACGUUACCAAGUUUGAGAUAUUUUUGAACUUACUCGCUGAAACGGAAAUAACCAAUAUUCAACGACUGAAGGGCUAUGACGAAUACAGCAAAUUGAACAUCAAUGCUAUUCUAAAUGAAAUUGUCAACCAUGUAGAUGUUCCAGUUCAACUUAGUAACGGCAUUGAAACGAAUAUGGUUCGCGUUAUUACGGAACUAGGCAUUUGCUAUAGUUUCAAUUCUGCUAUCAUUCAGUAUCUAUCGGUUGAAACAAGCGAAUCUAAUUUGGGGAAAAAAGAUCUAAUUGAAAUAAGCAUAAUGGAAAGAGAUACAACUGCUUCCUUGAAUAACUUAUCGUCAAAUGGGAAUAUCUUCUACCAUGGUCCAUUUGAAAUUCCCACAUACCUGAGACAACUCAGCGUGCCUUCUUCAGCGUCCACAUUUCUGCAGAUGUCGUUCAAACCGGUGAUCAUAACGGCAGAUACAACCAUUGAAAACCUAUAUGUACAACAGCGCAGCUGCCGAUAUACUUAUGAAUCGAACUUGAAGCUCUUUCCCAAAUUUUACUCAUACAGUUUGUGCUUGUUUGAGUGCAAAUUGCAACAGUUUUUCGAGAAAUGUGGAUGUGUGCCUUACCUGUACAAUUUGGGAGUUGGGAUUCCAGUAUGUCGUUUAAAAGAGCUGGAAUGUAUUUCAGAUAAUUUAGUGAAAGUUCAACAGGUCGUUUCAUCGUGUGGCUGUCUGAAGGAUUGUAAUUUGAUAAAUUUUACUCUCCAAAGUUAUUUGAUGAUCGAUUGGUUCAAUAACCCACUAAUAAAAUGGGAUAUGAUUAUAUCGAAGGUGAGGUAUAGUAGACGCAUCAUUUUUGAUUUGGCGGAUGCCAUGGUGUCAACAGGUGGCAUUGCAGCUCUGUUCUUUGGUGCAAGUUUCGUCACAGUUGUUGAAAUUUCGUUUCUCAUUGUGAGAACAACUUGGAUCUCUGGCUUAGGAUUGAAUCAAACGAAACAAUGGAAGUAGAAUCCAGAACAAAAUGCUGGAUGGCCAAUGGACACUAAACGGAAACACCUACAAUAGAGGAUACCUUUUAGCUGAUGGCAUCUAUCCCGAUUGGCCUAUAUUCAUGAAAACCAUAUCCCAUCCGCAAACACCAAAGACCAAAUUGUAUGCCAAAUGCCAAGAAUCACUACGUAAAGAUGUGGAACGCUGUUUUGGAAUUCUCCAAGCUUGUUGGCAAAUACUGGUCAAUCCUUGCCGACUCUUUGAUGAAGCCAGCAUGAAGGACAUAAUAAUGACUUGUGUAAUAUUGCACAACAUGAGACUUCAUUUCAGACACAGCAACCCAGAGCUGCAAAACCAGGUCGAAAAUGUGCAUCCUGAUUUACCUUCUUCGGAAACAGCUGGUUUCAGUCGGGCGUCGCAGCGUACGUUUGAUGAAAUGUGUGAAGAUCGCAUUCACAUUAGAAGCAGUCAACAGUAUCAUGAAUUACGAAACGUGUUAAUCGAUCACUUAUGGAUGACUAAGGGUAAUCUUAUUGAUUGAAAAGUAAGGUACAUGUCAAUAAAUAAAACUAAUAAGAAAAAGAUGUUCUACGUAAAACAUGUUCAA